CUUAUUUGACACUUCACCUCUCACUGUUGAUGCUGCGUGCUGCAAGUGUCAUGAGCAGCAAACUCGGUUUUAACGGGCGAGUUGCUAUAGUUACAGGAGCUGGCGGAGGAUUGGGAAAAACGUAUGCAUUGUUGUUGGCAUCAAAAGGAGCGUCUGUUGUAGUGAAUGACUUGGGUGGUGCUGCUACUGGUGGAGGAGGCAGCAGCCGACCUGCGGAUAAUGUGGUAGAGGAGAUUAUACGACAAGGAGGACGAGCUGUCGGCAAUUACGAUUCGGUGGAAGAAGGACAUAAAAUAGUGAAGACGGCAAUUGACAAGUAUGGACGAGUUGAUAUCGUGAUCAACAAUGCUGGCAUUCUUCGUGACAAAACGUUUAUGAAAAUGACAGAAGAUGAUUGGGAUUUGGUGCAUCGAGUGCACCUGAGAGGUUCAUUCAUUGUGACAAAAGCAGCAUGGCCAUACAUGAGGCAGCAAAACUAUGGAAGAGUUAUUAUGACUGCGUCUACUUCUGGUUUGUAUGGCAACUUUGGUCAGGCUAACUAUAGUGCAGCCAAGUUGGGUUUGUUGGGCUUGAGUAACACUGUUGCCAUUGAAGGACAAAAGUACGGCAUUCAUUGCAAUACGAUUGUUCCAACAGCUGCUUCUCGUCUUACUGAAAGCAUCAUGCCACAGGAUUUGUUUCAAAUUGUGAAGCCUGACUUGGUGGCUCCUGUUGUUGCUUAUUUAUGCCAUGAAGAGUGUGAAGAGACAGGACAAGUGUUUGAGGUUGCUGGAGGAUGGGCAGCUAAAGUUCGAUGGCAACAAGCUCAUGGUGCUGUGUUGUUGGAUGAUGAGAGUGUAUCUGUUGAGUCAGUUCGUGAUAAUUGGGAUAAAGUUACAGACUUUAGCAGUGCACUCAAUCAUUCAUCAACGACUGAGGCACUUGGUCACAUGAUGAGUUUAGUGAAAGAAGCUAGAAAUGCUCGACACCAAACUAACAAUCUUAAAGCAUCAAGUUCAUUGUCAUCUAAUGGCUUGUCAUCAUCACCUCUCGCAGGUGUUGAUCUGUCUAAAGUUAAGGAGUAUAUGUCUGAGAGGACUCCAUUUACUUACUCAGAAAGAGAUGUUAUUUUGUAUGCUUUAGGAGUGGGAGCAAAGGCUUCUAAUCUCGCAGAUCUGAAGUUUCUUUAUGAGAAUCAUGAAGGGUUUGGUCCAUUGCCAACAUAUGGAGUGAUUACAGCCUGGAAAGGACAAUCUUCUAUCUUAUCUCGAGCUCUACCAAAUGUUGAUUUUGAUUUUGCUAAGAUGCUGCAUGGUGAGCAGUACCUUGAAAUCAUGAAACCAAUUCCACCCUCUGGAACAUUAUAUUGUCAGUCGAGAAUUGUAGACGUGCUGGACAAGCGAAGUGGAGCAUCAAUAAUUCUUGAAGCAUCUACUACUGAUAGUAACAACGAGUUAGUCUGCGUCAACCAGUUUGUAAUCUUUUUUGUUGGAGCUGGGAGAUUUAAUGGACCACGAACAUCUCCUAAUGUCAAGAAAUUGUUUCCACCUCCUGAUCGCCAGCCUGAUGCUGUCGUAGAGGAGAAGACGUCGACAGAUCAGGCAGCUGUAUAUCGAUUGAGUGGUGACUAUAACCCACUUCACAUUGACCCAGAAUUUGCUGCGGUUGGAGGAUUUGAUCAGCCAAUAUUGCAUGGAAUGUCAACAUUUGGCCAUUCUGCACGUCACGUGCUUGCAAAGUUUGCAGACAAUGAUAUAUCGAAGUUCAGAGCUAUCAAGGCAAGGUUUUCAAACCCGGUCUUGCCUGGACAGACUCUAAGAACUGAGAUGUGGAAAGAAGGGAGCAGGAUCUUUUACAGGACAUUGGUAGUUGAAACUGGCAAGGUUGUCAUCUCAGGCGGAUACGUUGAUUUGUUCGAGUCUUCAUCCAUGAAGCAAGUUUCAUCUGACAGUCCCAGUAAUGCAGUGUUUGAAGAAAUAAAACAGCGUAUUGCUGCAAAUCCCAGUUUGGUGCAGAAAGUCAAUGCUGUUUUUGCUUUCCACAUCAUGCAGGAAGGAGAUGCAGUUAAGCAGUGGACUGUUGACAUGAAACGAAGCCCCGGAUCAGUGACUGAAGGACCAUCUUCAGUAAAAGCAGACUGCACUAUGAUCAUAUCAGAUACUGACUUUGUUGACAUGGCAAAAGGAAAACUGGAUGGACAGAAGGCAUUCAUGAGUGGGAAGCUGAAAAUCAAAGGUAACGUGAUGAUGUCCCAACGGUUGGGUAAACUCUUCAAGGAUCAAUCCAAACUGUGACGCAAACAAUUUGGGAUACAGAUGCCAUCUAUGCAUUGCAUGUUGUAGUGAAACUCAACAAUGCAUUUUUUGUGUUCCUAAUUGCCAUGACAACCAAUUACAUCAUCCAUACACGGUAUCACUG